GUUGUGAUUUGUAUUGAUUUCCUGUUUCCUUUUUCAAUGGAGAUGUAUUUUCGUGAGUAAAAGGUGUUGGUGUUUCAAUAAGGAGCAAUAUUUAGACUUAUAUGCUUAGAAACAGAUCUACUGAAACCCACUCACUCCUAUUCAUGCGUUCAAAAUCACAGACCGUUUCUCGAGUCGUUUCGUAAUAAUAGAAGAAACCUCAGCAAACAAGUCAGUCGUAGUUUUAAUAAAGGUUCGUGAUUAGAUUUUGCAUUGCGCUUAUAGACUGUUGUUUAUAUUGAACUACAGUAUUCGAAAACUUCCGUGCAUAGGUUAAUGGUCUUAACGACGUCACGUUGGGGUCGUCUGUAGUUCCAAGAAGAUGGUGACCUUGAGAGAAUACCUCGUGUUGACUGCAGCGUUUUGUUUUCACACUAUUAAUGGAGCACAACAACCAAAUAUUUUAUUAGUGGUAGCAGACGAUUACGGUUUCCAUGACAUUGGUUACCAUGGAUCAGAAAUCAAGACACCAACAUUAAAUAAAUUGGCGGGAGAAGGUGUGAAAUUAGAGAAUUAUUAUGUUCAACCAAUUUGUUCUCCAACUAGAAGUCAGCUUCUGUCUGGUCGUUAUCAGAUACAUACUGGCUUACAACAUGACAUUAUAUGGGCAUGUCAGCCAAAUGGUUUACCAUUAGAAGACCCAACAAUAGCAGAUAAACUACGGGAGGCAGGGUAUGCUACUCAUGCUGUUGGAAAAUGGCAUCUGGGAUUUUAUAAGGAUGAAUAUCUUCCAAUCAACAGAGGAUUUGAUUCUUAUUUCGGAUAUUUGACCGGUGCAGAAGAUUACUAUAACCAUACCAGAUGUAGCUCUCUGAUUCACAAGGGAUACUGUGGUAUUGAUAUGACGAAUGGUAAAACACCUGAUACCACUGAAACAGGAAAAUAUUCAACUCAUUUAUUCACUAAUAGAGCUAUUGAUAUCCCCUUAUUUUUAUACCUGCCAUAUCAAGCCGUCCAUAAUCCGCUUCAAGUCCCAGAAAAAUACGUUGCACCAUAUAGAUAUAUAAACGAUCAAAGCAGGCGCACGUACGCUGGUAUGGUAGCAGCUUUAGAUGAAGGUGUGGCCAAUCUUACAAAUGCCUUUAAAGCAGCAGGCUUAUGGGACAACACUGUAAUGGUCUUUACAACAGAUAAUGGUGGCCAGAUACAUGCUGGUGGUAACAAUUGGCCAUUGAGAGGAUGGAAAGCCUCGUUAUGGGAAGGUGGUCUUCAUGGAGUUGGAUUUGUCAACAGUCCAUUACUGAAACAAAAAGGUGUAGUUAGAAAAGAACUGAUCCACGUUUCUGACUGGUUUCCAACAUUUCUCAAUCUAGCUGGUGGAUCUUUCAAUGGAACCAAACUGGAUGGAUAUGAUCAGUGGAAAACCAUCAGUGAAGGAUCUGAGGGACAAAGAAGUGAAUUGUUACAUAAUAUAGAUCCUUUAUACAGUCAGCGGGGUUCAAAACGUUAUAAUAAUACAUUCGAUACUAGAACCAGGUCAGCUUUAAGAAUGGGAGAUUUUAAACUCAUUACUGGUGAUCCAGGAAACGGAAGUUGGAUCGCACCACCUGAGCAGGCCAAUCAUUCAAGACCAGAUCCAUCAAAACGUAGUGAUAACGUUUGGUUGUUUAAUAUAGUAAAAGAUCCCAAUGAAAAUCACGAUAUUUCUCAACAAUAUCCCGAUAUAGUGGAUAAAAUGUUAUUUAAAUUAUCAGCCUAUAGUAAAACAGCUAUCCCGGCUCGUUAUCCCGACCCUGAUCCUAGAUGUAACCCAGCUUUACAUGGUGGAGUGUGGACACCCUGGGAAUGAUGUCAUUAUGUUUUGUUUAUUUUAUGAUAAUGUUUAUGAAUAAAUCUUUUUUGUAUUUU